AUGAUGGGCUGGUGGUCCAGCUCGGCCAACUCGGCCCUGGACGAGCAGAUUGAGAAAGCGACCAGCAGCAGCUUGGAGGACAUCGCCUUGAAUCUCGAGAUCUCUGAUGUCAUCAGAUCAAAGACUGUCCAGCCCAAGGAGGCUAUGCGCUCCUUGAAGAGGCGCGUCGGGAACAAGAAUCCUAACACCCAGCUGAGCGCCUUGAAUCUCACCGAUACAUGUGUUAAGAACGGAGGCACCCACUUCCUCGCCGAAAUCGCCUCGAGAGAGUUUAUGGACAACCUUACCUCACUCCUCCAAGCAGUCGGGCCCGCCGCCGUCAACCACGAAGUAAAGCAGAAAAUCCUCGAGCUGAUACAGUCCUGGGCUGUCGCCACCGAAGGCCGUCACGAUUUGGGAUACAUCGGAGAAGUUUACAAGACGCUGCAGAGAGAAGGCCAUCAGUUUCCUCCCAGAAUCAGCGUCGCCAGCAGCAUGAUCGAUAGCAGUGCGCCCCCCGAGUGGGUCGAUUCAGAUGUCUGCAUGCGAUGCCGAACCCCCUUCACCUUCACGAACCGAAAGCACCACUGCCGAAACUGCGGCAACUGUUUCGAUCAGCAAUGUUCGGCCAAGUCUUGUCCCCUUCCGCACCUCGGUAUCAUGCAGCCUGUCCGUGUCGACGAUGGCUGCUACGCGAAACUCACGGAUAAGUCCGCCAAGGGAGGCGCACCCUCGCCCUUGCCGCAAGACCGAUCCCCCACCUAUCCUUAUAAGACCCGAAGCACAUCCGCUAUGCAACCGCGCAACGCUCGUGUUGACGACGCCUUCGACGAGGACCUGAAAAAGGCCUUGGCUAUGAGCUUGGAGGAGGUGAAGGGUUACUCCCAGGGAUACGUUGCACCUACCGCCAACGGCCCCUCAGGUCCCAAGGUCAACGGCAACUCCGAGCCCGCGGCAUCGCAUGGUGCAGAUGAGGAGGACGACGACCUCAAGGCCGCGAUUGCCGCCUCGCUGGCUGACAUGGAGGAGCAGAAGCAAAGGCACGCGACGGCUUUGAAGGAGCAGACCUCGAGUGCUGGUCCAAACCCGACACAACAGUUCUCCUUGCCUAAGAACGACUACGAACUCACUCCGGUCGAGGCUGAGAACAUUAACCUGUUUGCAACUCUCGUCGACCGCCUACAGACGCAACCCCCCGGCACGAUUCUGCGUGAGCCUCAGAUCCAGGAGCUUUACGACAGUAUUGGCACACUGCGGCCGAAGCUUGCUCGCACUUACGGCGAGACUAUGAGCAAACAUGACACGCUUCUUGACCUUCAUGCCAAGCUCUCUACUGUGGUUCGCUAUUAUGACAGAAUGCUGGAGGAGCGUCUCUCCAAGGCAUAUAGCCAGCACACCGUUGGGGGCUACAACCUUCCUAGUCCUCGCCAUCCCUCUGGCGCAUACCCGUCUCUUCAUGCGAGUGCGCCCACCAGCGCUGGACCAGCCGAGAACUUUUACACCGGUUCACAACAGGUGGACUACGGCCACGCACCACCGCUCCAAGGAUACCACCAACAUCCUCAACACACACCCCAACCCCAGUACGCAACCUUUGACAAGCGCGCCUCCAUGGCCGGUCCACCUGGAGGCCCUUACCCUCCCCAAGAGCCUCAACAGACGGAAAACUGGAGGAGCGGAGCCGGUUCCGCCCCUGACGGACAGUAUGCGCCGCAGCAGCCGUAUGCUCCCAGCGAGCCACCCCAACCGAGCCACCAGAACCAACCUGGCCAACCUGCUGGAACGCCUUCUGCUGACCCUAACGCUUCUUACUACUUCAACCCUCAACAACCCAGCGCGCCGCCCUCUGCGCCACCCUCUGCAGAUCCCAAUCCGUCCCCCUAUCCGAAUCUUCAACAGUCAAUGCAAUACCGACAGUCCAUGUCCCACCAGCAAACGCCCGUUCAAGCAGCUGCCCAGCCCGCGCAGCCAACGCCGCAGCAAGCCCCGCCGCAGCAGCAGAGUUACUGGCAACCGUCAGUACCGCAGCAAUCUGCGCCUCCUCAACAGCAAUGGCAGGGCCAGUACAACAACGGAUAUACCCAGGAGUCGUUCCCGUCUGCACCGCAGAACGCGCCGAAGCAGCCGGCAGUGGAAGAGAGUCUAAUUGAUCUCUGA